CAACGCUCAUCAUGCAGGUCCUAGUGUUGUUUGCCCUUUUCGCUGCCAGCCAAGCAGCAGUUCUCUUCAGUGCCGCACCACUUCUCAGUACUGGUGCUAGCUCGCAGUACAGAUCCCAGGAUAGCGUGGGGAAUUACCACUUCGGUUAUGACGAAGGUCAUUCAUCCGGAGGAUCCUUCCGCAAGGAAUCUGGGGACGCAUUCGGCAACAAAGUUGGCUCAUACGGCCUGCGGGACGCCGACGGCAGGGCCCGCAUUGUCAACUACGUCGCUGACGCCGCUGGAUUCCGAGCUGACGUCCAGUCAAAUGAACCGGGGGUGGAGCCGAAAGAUCCUGCCAACACCUCCAUCAACAAGGCCAUUAUAGCUGCCCCUGCAGUAGCCACAUACGCCGUGGCCCCCGCAGCUGCCAUCAGCUACGCGCCAUUCGCACAUUUCGGGGGUUUUGCCUUCCCCGGACACUAUGCAUAUCCCGCACAUUAUGGAUACCACUGGUGAGUGGUGAGUGGUCCUCCAGUUCCAGUACAAGUGAAAACAAGAAAUUUUAUCUCCCUCUAAAUAGUACUCAUAAUGCAGCCGGGUUGUGUAUCCUUCAAUUGGGUUUGGAUACAGGAAUAAUAUUUAAAAUUUUCACUGUACACUCAUCGAAAUAGCUUGAACAUCGAAACAUAUACUCAGAAAAUCAUAAUAUAAAUGCGUAGUUUUCUUUUUUUUUUUUUCAAUAAAACAAAAUACCAGCUAUGUCAGUCUAUUAACUAUUAAUUCAUGAGCAGGCACAAAGAUCGCCAUCACUAAUUACUGGGUUAGCUUGAAACCCAGUCUCUUUUUGAAGCUUUAUUUUUCGUCUAAAGUUACGUUUUUCAUCAUACUUAUGACUUCAUAAAAAUAUUUAAAAACACUUAAUUUCAAAAAAAUGAGACUUGUCUUCUUCCAUAAAAAAACAUUUCCCAACACUAUUUUGUUUACUUCAUGAACUAAAAAGCAGGAACUUCAAACUAAUAGCAAGGUUUCAAUAUCGCGGAUGAAAGUAAAAACGUUUGCAACGAACUCCACGGAAAUAAUCUUUUUUCACUCGUUCUUGACUCGUCGAGCAUGUACUCCAGUUCUGUCCACUAAUUUAUUUGAAAUAAA